GAGCAGCUGAUAAGACUCAUUCGUUCACAAUAACCGCUGCAGUCUCGUGUCCCUCUGUGCUCUUCCCCUCUCCCUCUCUCCCUCUUUCUUUCCCGCUCUUGAUCUCCCCUCCUCUCUCCCUGCGAGUAUCGCUUCAAACGCCAGCUGAAGUCUCCUGGCGGCACCUCUGUGCGCACACUUGAUCCAUGGCUCCAGAGAAGAAAAGCAAUGGCCUGGACAACUACGCAUUUUCAAUUGAGGGGGUCGAACAUUUCUGUGAUGGGAAAGGUGGACAAGGGCUGGUGCAAUCAGAGACAGACCGCAGGAGAAAACUGGUCUAUUGUGUUACAGAUGUGCCGCCCUGGUACCUGUGCAUUAUCCUAGGCAUUCAGCACUGUCUCACAGCGUUUGGUGGGAUACUGGCUAUCCCCCUCAUCCUGUCCCAGGGCUUGUGUCUACAGCACGAUGGCCUGACCCAGAGCCAUCUGAUCAGCACCAUCUUCUUCGUCUCGGGGAUCUGCACCCUGCUACAAGUCACCUUCGGGGUCAGAUUGCCCAUCCUUCAGGGGGGGACAUUCACUUUCCUGGCCCCCUCCAUGGCUAUGCUGUCCAUGCCUGAGUGGAAGUGCCCAGCCUGGACUCAGAAUGCCUCACUGGUUAACACCUCUUCUCCCGUCUUCAUAGAGGUGUGGCAGAGCCGCAUGAGAGAGCUCCAGGGAUCCAUCAUGGUAGCGUCUUGCUUACAGAUUCUGGUGGGAUUCUCUGGCCUCAUUGGUCUGUUCAUGAGGUUCAUUGGCCCCCUGACCAUCGCCCCCACCAUCUCUCUGAUUGGCCUUUCCCUUUUUGACUCGGCUGGCAUUAAUGCAGGGAACCACUGGGGCAUCUCGGCCAUGACGACAGCGCUGAUCGUGGCGUUCUCCCAGUACCUCCGUCACAUCGCCGUGCCCUUCCCCUCCUACAGCAAGGCCAAGAAGUUCCACACCUCCAGGAUGUACAUAUUUCAAAUUCUUCCCGUGCUUCUUGGCAUCACACUCUCCUGGCUCAUCUGCUACCUUCUGACCAUCUAUGAUGUCCUGCCAUCUGACCCUGAACAGUAUGGCCACAUGGCCCGAACAGACCUGAAGGGGGAUGUCUUGGGCCAGGCCCCCUGGUUCCGCUUCCCUUACCCAGGUCAGUGGGGCCUUCCAACUGUGAGCUUGGCCGGGGUGUUUGGGAUCAUGGCAGGGGUGGUGUCCUCCAUGGUGGAGUCCGUGGGCGACUACCACGCCUGCGCCCGGCUGUCGGGGGCCCCGCCUCCGCCCAAGCAUGCCAUCAACCGCGGGGUGGGGAUGGAGGGGAUCGGCUGCCUGCUGGCCGGCGCGUGGGGCACGGGGAACGGCACCACGUCCUACAGCGAGAACGUGGGAGCGCUGGGCAUCACGCGGGUGGGGAGUCGUAUGGUGAUUGUGGCCAGUGGCUUUCUGAUGGUUAUCAUGGGAAUCUUCGGGAAAGUAGGAGCCAUUUUUACCACCAUACCCACGCCUGUCAUCGGAGGAAUGCUGCUUGUCAUGUUUGGAGUCAUUUCUGCCGCAGGAGUGUCAAACCUGCAGUAUUCAGACAUGAAUUCUUCGCGGAACAUCUUCAUUUUUGGGUUUUCCAUGUUCUCCGGGCUGGUCAUACCUAACUGGAUCAUCAAGCACCCAGGAGCCAUAGCAACAGGUGUGAUUGAGUUGGACCAGGUUCUUCUGGUGCUUCUGACCACCAGUAUGUUUGUGGGGGGAUUCUUUGGGUUCAUCCUUGACAACACCAUCCCAGGCUCUAAAAGCGAGCGAGGCAUUGUGGCGUGGAAGGAGGCGCACAACGAGGACGCGGGCGAGACCGUGGAGAGCGGCGAGGUGUACGACCUGCCCUUCGGCCUCAGCGCUCGCUUCUCCUCUUCCUCCUGGGUCAGAUACCUGCCCUUCUGCCCCUCAGCCGGGCCCACACCUCAGCAGCGCCCCCCGGAGGACGCAGGCUCCCCAGAGACCAAAGAAGAAGUAGGAAAAUCAGACCCCACAGCCAGCUCAGUUGGAGUGGCGCUGUGAACACAACCCCCCGGUUCCAAUUCACCCUCUAAACAUUCCCCCUCUGUUUCGCGUUACACUUAAUUAUAAGUGUCACUUACGUAAGGGCCACUCAUUACAUUACAUUACAUUACAGGCAUUUAGCAGACGCUCUUAUCCAGAGCGACGUACAACAAGUGCAUCAGUUCGAGGUGCAGAGGUUCAGAAAAAC